AUGACCUCUACUACAAGCCAGCUGGAACAAAGUCUAAGGGGACUUCAGAUAUCAAAAUCCGACUCACAAGAAACGUCUACUGUAGUGCAAUGGGUGCCCUCUAAAUACAGCUCAGACGUAUCUCAGUACGUUCUCGUAAAGCCUCCCCGGGCUCCAUGCGGCAAUCGUUGGCUGUUUGGGUUUCCUAUUGUCAGGAAGGAACUUUGGAACAUGGGGACCAUUGCUUUCCACCAUGUUUGGCCAGGCGAAACUUUGCCAGACAACAAUGCCUACAUCGCCAUGAAUUCCCUUACAUUUCUCCAGGUAUAUCUUGAUCUUCGCCUUUGCACUUUGGCAGGUGGAAAGGUAGUCGGAGAUUUGAAGAAUAUCCCAUCAGAGUGUGUGACAUCGGGAGAGGUGCUCUUGUUAGUAUUGUGGAGGAAUACGGAACGUGAGGCUACCUGUCCAACGCAAGAUCAAGUGUAUUCCCUGGAGAUGAAGCUUGAGCGCCCACCAGGAUGGUGGGUGGAAGUCCCACUAUUUUGA